AUGUGUAAAACUACUACUGCUGCUGGAGGAAAACUUAGUGAGGAGGGCAGUCAGGAACGGGCAAUAAAGAACAUCAGUAAACUUCUCUGUUCUGGUGGUGAAACUGUCAUUGUACUAAUGAGUCGUACUGGUUUAUUUGCAACAUACGCGAAUGUGGCAAAGUCAGCCAAGUGGAGCAGCUACUUGAAGGAUUAUCAGCAGUUCCUCUCACCGUACCAGCUCUCAGAUAACCUGCAAGAUGAUCUGAACAUCAACCUGCAGCAGGCAGGACUCGCUGUAAAAACGUGUAACCAACAGGAGAUAGUGUACGUGACUGAAAAAGAGUCAUGUGCAAAAGAAACGCUGGCGGCGAUGAACCCUUUCCUCACCUGCAUCCCUAGGGACGUGAGAGCGACCUUCCAACGGGAUUGUGAAGAGGCGGCGUUCAAGGGUGACGCCGCGAUUGCUCGGAAGCUCAGUAAGAGCAGGACAAUGUACACGCUAACAUACAACGCCCUAGUCGCACACGCACUCAAAACGUGA